UAAGGACCCAAGGUGUAUAUAUCUAUGCCUGUUGGCACUAAACUAAUUGGAACCCAGCCCAAGCCCCUACUAGUGACGUACACACAGGAGAAAGGUGACAGAGGUGAAUCAAAAUAAAAGUUCGCUACACCCAUUGGUCCCACCGGCUACACAUGGAAAAAAAGUCCAUAAAUCAUGCAGUAAAUAAACAGCUAAUAGUCUCAAAAUAGUGCUUUCUAUAUUAGUGCAUGGCCAACUGAGCCUUUCUAUCCACCGAGGUUGUUCACCUGUCAGUUAGCGUGUUUAGCUUUUCUAGCUUGUGGUCAUUUUUCAAGUUUUUCACUGCUCCUGUGGUUUUGCAUGCUGUUCUAUCCUAUGACUUCUGCAGGAUUGAGAUUCAUCAGGGCAUUGUAUGCCUUAGAGUUACCGCAGAUUCUACAGAUACUUGGCAUACUCAACGGCAAUACAUCUCUGAAGUUAUCCCGUCUAGUUGCCAUUCUGGUAGCAACUCUUCUCACCUCUGCCGGUUUUAUCCAUCUGCUUGAGAGCUCAGGUGACCCCUGGCUUGAUUCCCAUCACAAGGGACAUCUCAGCUUCUUUGAUUGCAUCUACUUCCUUGUGGUCACCAUGUCAACAGUGGGUUAUGGUGAUGUGUUCAUGAGCACAACACUGGGCCGCCUGUAUAUCACAGGUUUCAUCGCCAUUGGCCUGGGCAUGUUUGCUACCUAUGUCCCAGAGGUUGUCGAGAUCAUUAUAAACAGGGAGAGAUUCAGUGGGCAAUACAAAGAUGAAGGAAAAUUACAUGUAGUGGUGUGUGGACACAUCACUCUGGCCAGUGUUUCAGCAUUCAUGAGGGAGUUUUUCCACGAGGACAGGGGAGAGGUUAAUAUCCGGGUGCUUUUCUUGGGAAAUUUUUGUCCUGACCAGGAAUUGGAAGCUUUCUUCAGUAGGUGGUUCAUGCAUGUAAUUUUCUACCAAGGCUCUGUGUUAAAACGGAAAGACCAGGAUAGAGUGAUGAUGGAUAAAGCGAAUGCUUGCUUGAUUCUCUGUGACAGAUAUGCCACAGACCACCACAAUGAGGAUGUCACUAAUCUCAUAAGGGUGAUCGCAAUCAAGCAGUUCUACCCCAACACCAGAGUCAUUGUCCAGAUGCUGAAACACUACAGCAAGGCUUACCUGCAGAACGUGUCCAACUGGGAGUGGAGCAGGGGCGAUGGUGUCAUCUGUCUAGCCGAGCUCAAGCUGGGCUUCAUGGCUCAGAGCUGCCUUGUGCCGGGGCUCUCCACUCUCCUGGCCAACCUCUUCAGCAUGCAGGGUGGCCCGUUGGAG